AUGAACUAAGUCAACUCAGGUGUUAGCUACGAGAAUACUUCUCUCGAGUUAGAAAAGAAGCUUAUAGAUUAAAAAGUUUUAACCAAAACAUAGAUUGAAGAAAUACGUAAACUGUUUACUAUUAUAGAUACUGACCACUCAGGCGAGCUCUCUACAUAAGAAAUGAGAAAUUUGAUAGUCCGUCUUUCUUAAAACCGUAUGACAGAAUAGGAGAUAAAUACAUUAAUAACUAACAUGGAUAGCAAUAAGGAUGGGACUAUCUAAUGGCAUGAAUUCUUACAAGCCUUAGCAGAGUAUCUUUCUCAAAAUGGUGUAUUGAGAGAAAUUAAUAAUGAUAACGACCAAGAAGGAGUGUCCCUAAUAUUUGAAAGAAAGAUGGUUCACCUUGAAGUCCUACAGUUUUUAACUAAAAAUAUGAGUGAUUUCGAAAAACAUAUCUUAGAUAUUGAGCAAAAUGAUGUUAAUGCCAGUAAACUAGGAAAUUACAACUUCUUUGCUCAUGUCAAAGAGUCUGCUGUAGAUAAGGUUUAGUUCUUUUAGGAGUGUUAGUUAGUUUUCAACAAUGAAUUCUAAAAUAUAGUUGAACAUUUACAUUCACCAGAUUAAUAGAAAGUUUUGUAUGCAGUUGAUGUCUUAACAAAACUGAUGGAGUUAAGUAGGAUUUUUAAGACACCCCAUGAAAGAUUCAAAAUAUCUCAUUUGCUUAUUAAAAUAUAUGACUUAGUAGAAUUCUCCUUAAUUAAAAGGAUAUGUAGUUUAAUCGUGAACAGCACUGAACCUAACAUUGUAUGGAAAGCUCUCCAAGUUGCUACUCUUUAUGCAGCAGGACCUAGAUUAGCAUAUGCUCCUGUAGGAUCAAAAUAUGAGUAGCAAUCUUUGCACUAUUAAUACAGUCUAUUUAAAGAAGGAAUAGUUUAACAUUUGCUUGGAUCUUAUUUAAAUAGUGAUAUUAUUGAGCUUAAAGGAUAGUCUGUUUUAUUGAUAGGUUUUUUAGCAAAGGGAAAUAAAGAUAUAAGAGAUUAUCUGCUAAGUGAAAAUGCCCAUGUAAUUAUAGGUGAAAAUUGCAUGAAGCUUUUGAAUAAUUUAAAUGACUAAAACGACUAUUUUGAGUCUAUUUAUCAUUCUUGGACACUUAGUAUUUUAGCAGGCUAAACUCUACCUUAAGGGUAGAAAAUUUAUGAUUUGAAUGUCAUUUUAAACCUUGCAGAUAGUUUAUAGAAAAUAUUUUUAAAUUUUACUGCUGACGACACUUUAGCAAAUGCAGUUGUUGGAUUGGGUUAUCUUCUUCCAUUUAUAGAAAUCACUCAAGAAAAUUGUUUUAUAUGGCAAAAAAUAAUUGAAGUACUGGUUAAGCAUAAUUCUUUUAAAGUAAAAGUCGCUUGUCUAAGUGCAAUUAAAAAAAUAGUUAUGAACAAUUCUAAAUAAGCUUAGUUUAUUAUUGAAUGUGAUUUCCUUUCAAUAUGUUAAGAGUUCCUUUCAAGUGGUUAGUCUUAAUACACAGAAAUUUAAUUAGAAAUACUAUCAAUUAUUGAAAAAUUGAUUAAGUAAGGAUUUUACUUCUACAUAAUUAAUAAUUAUAGAUUCCUAAAUUUCUUAUACAGAAAGAUUUAUGAUUAAUCUAUUAUUAAGCAAAAAAUUCUUCUAAUUAUUGAAGCUCUCCUCUCUAAAGUUGAUGCAAACUUCAUACAUGUAGUUGAUUCUGACCUUUAAAGAGGACUUGUUCAUAGUUUAUAAGAUUUUAGAGAAAAAGAUAAAAUAAUGUAAGAAUUUUAUAAUUAUUAUGAAUGCACCUAUAAUUUAGAAAUAAUGAAGCUGUCAUUUGACUCUUUGAAUUGGAUUGCAAAACAUUUGUAAAAUUAUAGAUAAAUUAGUGAUACUAGGUACAAUAGAAUCCUAUCAGAUUUGUUAGAUAUUUCUAAUUACAGCAAAAUAUAAUCAGCUCUUGAAAUGCUUUUUAAUGAUAUUUUUGCUAACAAAGUUGAUGUUGCACUUUUACAUUCUGUUAUGCCUUAUUUGAUUGAAAGCUAUUAGUAAUUCCUUUAGAAUUGCUUCACAAUUCUUAGCAAACCUUAGGAUUUACCUUUUGAUUAAUAGUUUACUCACUCACUAUAAGUUAAAUUCAAUGAACUCAUAAAUUAUAUUAAAGUUAAGUAAGAAGCUUUCUAGGAUUAUUUAAAGAGGAGACCACAAAAUACAUCUUCUUAAAAUGUUAUCUUAAACUGUUAUUAUAAGUAAUACCCUAAUGGUGAAAACAAAGAAAUAGUUGUUCCUUCCUCACAUACUCUUCUUUAAGCUUUAAUUUAAGUUGAAGAAAAGUUUAAAGUAAGUCCAAUAGAAAUAUUUAUUAUCUAUGAAAAUGGAUAAUAUGCAAAUCUCAACUAAGAAGGCUUAUACGAAAAUAUAGUUUAAAGGGAAGUUGCUUAGUCUCCUAAUAUUACUCCUAAAAUAAAUAUUAUUUUAUUUGAUAUGUCUCAUAUAUCUAUGUAAAAAAGAAUAAAUGCAUCGGAAAAGUUCUUUGAUUUAAAUCAUUCAAACACCCUAGAUGACUUCUUCUAAGAAGGAAGUGUAGUAAUGGAGGAUAAAAAUAGAAUUGUUUCUGAACUGCUUUCUAAAACAGGUCUCGAUAGGGAUAAAAUAGAAAAUUUGUACAAUCAAUUUAAAAAAGCUUCUAUGAAUCGUGUACAAAAUAAAAACAUAGGCUCAUUUACCCAUUAAGAAUUCAAAAAUAUACUAUUCGAAAAUGGAAUAGAUAACACCUUGAGUGAUAAUAUCUCUUAACUUUUAGAUUUCCGUAACACUGGUUUAAUUGAUUUUAGAGAUUUUGUUUGUUAUAUGUCUAUCCUUAUUAGCGGUAACUUGGAAGAAAAGUUAAAAUUAGCCUAUCAAUCCUAUGAUGUUAAUGGAGAUGGGUUCUUGGAUAAGAAUGAAGUAGCUAGGAUGUUUGAAGUAGCUGGUAGAUUAAGAGGAAUAAGCUUUUCUAUAGAUUAACUUAAAAACAAUACUGAAGAGUUCUUUAAAUUAGCAGAUUAAAAUAAUGAUGGUCAAAUUUCAUAUAGUGAGUUUAGAAUAGCAAUCUAAAAGAGACCUGAAAUUAUUUCUGAAUUCUUUAAUGUAAUUGGAAACUCUUUCAGUUAAAGAAUAACCAGAAAUGUAUUUGGAGUUGUAUAAACAAAUAACUACUAAAAUAAUAAUUUAUUUGGAUAUUAAUAUAAUAGAAUGUAAUGA